GUGACGGCAGCUGUCACAAUUCGAUAACAAAAGUAAACAAACAAGUUAAUUUUAAUUAUUAAUUGAUCUGGCUUCUGCAAGUAGUACAAGUGCAAAAAUAUUGUUUGCUGAUUUGAAAAUGAGGUUAGCGGACCGAGUUCAAGUAAAUGUGAACAUUUCUUCGUUUGCAAGACAAUUAACACGAGGAUCUAGUGAAAUUUUAAUGCAUUCAGCUAGGAAUUUCGCCGCGCUGGAACAAUCGAUGAAAAACACGAAAAAUAACCUAAAAAAAUUGCAACUUUUGUGCGUCCAUUUGGGUUAUCAGCAAGAUGCGACACCAUAAAAAACGAACACCAUUGGAAGAAGUCAAAGAGCAAGUUCAUAGAACAAAAAAUAUACAAGUUUGCGCAAUGCAGCGAUAAUUUUAUCAAGUGUGAUUAAUCUGUCAUUUGAUCAAUUUUGUUUUACGCAGUUGGCAGCACUCAGCGGUGAAGUUUUUCAGCAAUGCAUUGCACUCGCGAUUUUUUCACUUAUUACCUUGCUCAGCGAGGCUAUUUUAGAUUAAUGUUGGCGUAAAUUUACGCGAAAUUCAGUGUGUAAAAUCAAGGGCGGUGAGGUGUGGUUCAUUAAAAACCACAUUCGUUUGAAUUAAAAAGUGAUAUUCGUUAUGAUAAGCAGCAGAUAAGUGAACAAUUUCAAGUGAUAUAACAUGUCUCUUAUAACCAGAUCACUCAGGAAUUCCCUGAAACUUCGAAACAAUGUGCAAAGACGUUUCCAGCAAACAAAACCUAAUCUGCAGGUAAAUCCAGCGCCGACUGCGAUUUCGGGGCCGGUUUUUACGAACGCUGGUAAUUAUGCCGAAAGAAUCGCGAUACGCGACAAAAUCGCUAGUUACACGUACGCUAAUAUAUUCUUUAGUGCUAAUGAACUUUCCAAAGAAAUUACAAAGUUGGUCAAUGGCAAAACUAAUGAGAGGAUCAUGUUCUUGUGCCCCAACGAUGCUAAUUAUGUUAUCACUUUGUGGGCCAUAUGGAUGUCUGGACAAAUUGCUGUUCCGUUGAGCCCCCUGCACCCCAAAAAUAUCCUUCUUUACUAUGCAAGUGAUACAAAUUCCUCCUUGCUUAUAACUACUGGGGAAUACGCAGAAUUGAUGCAAAAAGUCGCUAGAAAUUCGCAAACCAAAUUACACGUUUUAGAUGACAAGCUGCGCCUCAACUGCGCUCAAAAUCUGGCCAAUUCCGAAAGCGACAUGACUACAAAUCUACCAUCGUCGUUCUAUGACAGUCGCAAUGCAAUGAUAUUGUAUACUAGUGGGACCACUGGAAGCCCCAAAGGCGUAGUAUUAUCACACAAAAAUCUAAACUUCCAAGUGUCCACAUUACUGGACGCCUGGAAAUGGUCACAAAACGACGUUUUACUGCACACUUUACCACUACACCACGUUCACGGCAUAGUCAAUGCACUGCUCUGUCCUCUAUACAUCGGCGCCAAAACCUUAAUGUUGGAGCGUUUCAACGCCAACUUGGUUUGGUCUCAUCUGCUGGGUGUAACUCAAGGAAAUAAAGAGGAAAGGAGGAUUUCCGUUUACAUGGCUGUCCCGACGAUUUAUUCCAAGCUUAUUGAUGAGUAUGAGAGGGUUUUCAAGAAAGAUAACAAGAUGGCGGAAUAUAUUAAGCAUACGUUGAAAAAUAAGAUCAGAUUGAUGGUGAGCGGCAGUGCCCCACUACCAGCCCCUGUAUACCAAAAAUGGGCCGAAAUUUCAGGCCACAGUCUCUUAGAACGUUACGGUAUGACAGAAAUAGGCAUGUGUUUGUCAAAUCUUUACGAUUCCGACCGCGAGCCUGGUUAUGUAGGCGUACCUUUACCAGGCGUGUCCAUUAAGAUCGCUUCAGACGAGGGAGACCUAGUUGAAUGCACCAACAACAACGGAGAGGUCAAGGUGAAGAAAAUUAAAGGGACAGAAGAAAAUCCUCAGGGUGAACUUUUUGUAAAAAGCGACGGAGUCUUCACGGAAUACUUCAAACGUCCAGAUGCAACUAAGGCUGAAUUCACACAGGACGGUUGGUUUAAAACAGGCGAUAUUUGCCAGUACAAUUCGAAGAAAAAUAAAUUUAAAAUCCUAGGACGUAAAAGCGUGGACAUCAUAAAAUCCGGGGGUUAUAAAUUAAGCGCGUUACAAAUAGAAACUGAAUUACUGACAAACCCAAAAGUCAAAGAUAUUGCCGUGGUUGGUAUUAGUGACGAAACGUGGGGCGAGAGGGUGGCAGCACUGGUGGUUCCACGAAAAGGAGAAGAGGUUACUGUGGAAAAUUUUACGGAAUGGGCUUUGAACAAACUGCCGAAAUAUUCGGUACCCACGGUGGUAAAAAUUGUCGAAGAAAUACCAAAAAAUGCAAUGGGAAAAAUUAAUAAAAAGGAUUUAGUCAAAACUUUCUUUUAGAGAGUAACGUAACUAUUUUUUAAUCACACUAGCGAUUUAUCGCAAAAGACUGUUUAUUUUUAUUUGUUGGCAGAGUUAUGUUAAAGUAUUACGUCUGAAAGUUAUUUUAUAUCAUGUUUUAAUUAUUAUAAGUUUAACAUU